AUGAGAGUUGCAUUGGUCAACGAUACAUCUGCUAAAGAAUUCUCCAAGCAAUUGCUGUUAAUCGGUAAUGGCCGUGUAGCUGUUGAAGAAUCGAGCGGAUUAAUAGCAUUUCCUUCAAAUUUUUGCAAUUUCGUCUCAUCAAAAGACGAACUCAUCAAUGAAGUAUUUCCGAACAUCAUUGAUAAUCAUAAAAACAAAAAAUGGUUGAGUAAGCGAGCAAUUUUGGCACCUAAGAACAAAGAUGUGAAUGACUUAAACUUUGUAAUUCAAAAUCAAAUCGUUGGUACUCUGCAUACAUUCAAAUCUAUUGACUGUGUAACAAACGAAGAAGAAGCUUCCAACUAUCCAACUGAAUUUUUGAACUCCUUGGAUGUGCCUGGCUUACCACCGCACAAUUUACAAUUAAAGAUUGGUUCGGUAGACAUUAUGCUUCGAAAUCUAAACCAACCAAAACUAUGCAAUGGAACGCGUUUAGUGAUAACAAAACUGAUGGCCAAUGUGAUUCACGCAAUGAUACUCAAAGAAAAAUUCAAAAGUGAUGAAGUUCUCAUUCCGAGGAUUCCAAUGAUCUCAAUCGAUAUGCCCUUUGAGUUUAAAUGA